GCUUGUGUUACAAUGCAGGACAUAGGCAGGCUGUGAUUCGACUCGCUUGAAGAAGCGAGGAUUGCAUGCUGACGCUUGAUGUCCUGAUUAAUAUCGUGAUAUCUGCUUUUCUCGGGAGCUUGUCUUUUGUUGUUGUUUUCUGCUGUGCUGCUUUCUCAAUCACACCGCGACAAGUUAUAGAGCUGGACAAUCAUCAUGGCGGCCACAACUACACCCAGUAAUACGGAGAAAGGGAAGGAUGAGCACAUCUCCGAUAAGAGCGACCGUGUCUCUGAGAAGGGCAACCGCGUCUCUGAGGAGAGUGACUACGCCUCGGAGAAGGGCGACUGCAUCUCGGCCAAGGCCAACUCCAUAUCGGACAAGGGCAGCCAUAACUCGGAAACGGACAGCGAUCCCUCGACAAUAUGGUGCCAAGUCAAGGCCGCCGACCGCUUCUGGGCGUACAAGUCCGCGAUCCGCGCACUACAGUGUCUCGUCGCCCUCAUCGGCCUAUGUUGCGCGGCGUGGAUCCUCAAAAACACGAAUUCGUUAUACAGCGGCAAUUGGAUUUACAGUGGACUUCCCCAUUUUGAUGACUUCAGGAUCGGCACUGUCGCGGUGCCUAUUUUUGUCUUGUCGCUCACAUGGGGUCUCCUCGACCUGGGAGUCCGGUUCUGGCGCAAGCAAGGACGGCCUACCCACCCAGCCGCCGUCGCCGUCGCCGAUUUGCUUUUUUGGCUUACCAUGAUCGUUGCGAUAGUGUACGCGACCAUUGGAGUUGCUCGCAUGCAAGCCUUUGGCUACGACGCCAAUGGCAACGAGGUCCUCUCUGACGAGACGUCCUACAUAUCUCGCGCGGGCAUUCAUUCCUGGGGCCAAUACCAUCGCAACGCAGACUUGGACUUGUGGCUGUAUACCGUAAAGCGCGUCCACCUCAACCAGGAACGCCUGGAGUGGAACUUGACAACGGGUCAAUGGUCCAUAGUGCCGUAUACGGGCCCGAUGUUCCUCACCGCAAACUACGAUGACUCUCUGGGCUCGUGGGUCCUGGAGAAUGGUACGGUCCUAGGAGAAGUGCGUGCGUGCAAGGAGGAAUACGCCAGGCCCAAUUGCGAGGAGCUCGACAUGAUGGUCAACGAUCUGUGGCUCGAAAAGCCUACGCACGUCGCAGUCGGUAAAGUGAUUGCCGUGAUGGCUUCCUUGGCAUUGAUACUUCACUUUGCGCUUUUCGCGAGGGCUUCUGUCGAAGCGAUUCGUCGGAGACGGGAGGAGAAGAUCGAGAAGUUGAGGGCUGAUGCAAAGUUCGAACUUGAAGGCAAGGAUUACGAGGAAGAACCGGACUGGAUGUUAAACGAGCGGGGUUACAGGUAGUAGUCUGGGGAAUCCUGGAACCUGAAUGCGAUCUGGGAGGCUGUCGAUGAGUUGUUAUCUUUUUCUUCCAUGGACGUACGUAGCAAGCGACGAGACAACAAAUCGAGGCGGACAAUAAUCGAAAACAAUGUACAAGAUAUAGAUAUUGAGUCCAGACCUCUGUCCAAUGCGCGCUUGACAGCUGGCGCCUAAUCGGCCUUUGCGACGCUUGGUAAGGAAAGACCCUGGAGAGACCCGCACUUGUUGGCUUGUGUUUGGAUGGAAUUGACACCACCCC